CCGUGUUUAGUAGAAACUUUGUUAAAGAUAAAAAUUAAAGAAACAUUUGUUGCCAAUGAGCUCGUAUGAAUAUAAUUAUGUGUUUAUCACCAAAUGUACCACAACUCAUACCUAUAGAUAUGCAAAUUUAACUAAACGUAAUGGAAUAUUUGGUGAUAAGGCUCCAAAAUGAAUGUAAAACGGACAGCAACAAUGGUAAUGAAAGAAAAAUAAACCAUAGAAUUUUCAUGUUAUAUUUUCAAACAUAACACUAUUUUAAACUUAAUUAGAAUUAAAGUUAAUUAUUGAGAACUUUUGUAUUGCCCUUUUCCACCAUGUCACAUGUUCAUUGUUGACACCAAUGCAACUUAACAACGCUAAAAGUCUAAACUCUUAUGACAUAGAAAUACCAGUUUUUAAUUUAAUGGGACUUGUUACUAAUAAUAACAACAACAUAUGUGGACAACUCUCCUGUCAUAUGUGGACCUCUUCCUAUUUUAAGAUUUUCUUAUUCCUGAACUAUCUAUACUAAUACUGUGAAGCCAGUUUGUUUUCUUGUAUUGUACUCAUUUCUAAAAUGAUGUGAUGAUGCUCAAUGUAGCUUUAGCUUAAAUAACACAGAGCUUACCAAAAGGGCUGGGGAAAACGCGAUGAAACCACAGACCUGAUGAUCAUCUUUCACAUUUUCUAUCUAUUUGUCUAUCUGUGGUAUCAGUCCUAUCUAUAUAAAGAGUCUGCACUGAUCAUUCAGAUUAUCUCGAAUUCUCUUUUAUCAUUUUCCUGCUAAACACGAAGCUUCAGAUUAUAUCUUUUAAAAAAAGGGGUCAACUGAUACCACAAGGCAACAUAUGAGGCUGAUAUAGUUGGUAUUCGAGAGUCUUAACACUCGGUAUUUUAGUCAGCGGCUCUUCAUAAAUAACAUCUUAUUAAGAAUUCUUAGACCAUUUUCUAACGCAGGUCGCGAGUUAGGCGUCCCGAAAUAGUGGUGUCAUAAUAUAUAGUGAUCAAUGAGAACUGGUUUUAUUAAGCUUCGGAAAAUUUCCGCGUUACUUUCCACGGAACCUGAAAGUUACCAUUUAUUUGUUGUUCAACAGUAAUAAGUUUGUAAUUUUACUUUAUACAGCUACAUCUUUGUCAUUUCAUGUGUACUAUGUGUAAGUGGUUUUGUCGCGACAACCGUCACUCGCGCCGGUCACAACGCGUUGCCUCAGUUUUGAGACAGAUGGCGUCAUGCGCACGGUAGUAUUGAUUUUCCCGCUGGUUUGGUACUAAAGUAGCGCUCGCCGGGAAAUCAAUAUUUAUUCUGGACGGACUGGAAAAACCAUUUCGCUCAUACAACCUUUCGUACAGGUUUCUCGCGCUUGCUAUUUUGGGAUUCAUCUGCCUAAUACGAAUCGAAAGUACUAAUUUGUGUGUCGGCUAUACAAGUGAUUUAAAAACAAAACUACAUUUGACCUACAAGUUUGCGCAUAGUGUGAAAUGAAUAUAAAGGGGUGAUCAAAAUUCACGUGACAUUGUUGAUUGUUUCGCUUGAUCGUUUAUUUGCUGCUUUAUUAUGCGUUCGCUUGCUGCGGUCCAUGGGGUGGAUCCCUUGCCUGAAUUAGGCAUUCCAUCCGCCAUUCAACACCAGGGUGACGGCAACCCGGACGGUGACAUGGCCGGCGCGCAGGACACUAUAUACCUGUGCAAUUUCCGCGUUUCCGUCGACGGCGAGUGGCUUUGCCUCAAAGAACUGCACGAUAUGGAAAUGCAGGACUCUUUCCAUCGCCCCUCAGCUCAAGGCACCGUCUCAUCUCCAGAUGAUCCAAUGAACACGAUGAUGGCUCGGGAUCCCGUUGUGAUCGAACGCAGCAAUCUCGUGAACAUCUCUAAACUGAUUGUGAAGGAGUUAAUCGAGCAAUCUCUCCGCUAUGGUAGAAUGCUCGAUAGCGAUCAUUUGCCACUGCAUCACUUCUUUAUAGUCCUCGAACAUGUGAUGCGUCAUGGACUCAAACCGAAAAAGGGUUUACUUGGCCCUAAAAAAGAGCUGUGGGACAUCUUGCAAAUGGUUGAGAAGUAUUCACCCGAAGCGGCCGACAUUACGGCAAGUGUCAGGGACCUACCCACUGUCAAAACCGCCAUGGGUCGAGCUAGAGCCUGGCUGAGGUUAGCUUUGAUGCAGAAAAGACUGGCCGACUAUCUGCGUAUCUUACUGGAACACCGUGAGGACACAUUAGAGGAAUAUUUUGAACCGCAUGCUCUGAUGCUAAACGAAGAAGCAGUCAUUAUAACUGGUCUCCUGGUCGGCCUUAAUGUUGUUGAUUGCAACUUAUGUGUUAAGGAGGAAGAUUUGGACAGUCAACAAGGCGUUAUAGAUUUUUCGCUUUAUUUACGCGGUAGUAACUCUUCCAAUGAUCUGGCUGGGAAUGGAAAUAACGGAGAUUCAGAGCCGAAACAACGCCACAUUAACACAAUGCUGGACCAGAAGAAUUACAUCGAGGAACUGAACAGACAUCUCAAUGCAACCGUAGCCAACCUGCAAGCCAAGGUCGAAGGCUUAACAACGACCAAUGCGCUCAUGAAGGAGGACUUGGCGAUCUCCAAAAACACGAUGAUUCAAUUAGUGGAGGAAAACAAUCAACUCAAACAUGCGCUCGGGCAAGAUAUAACCAAAGAUACAAGGAUGAAAGUUACGGAAUUGCAGUCUGAUGAGGAGGAAAAACGCAGCGUUAAAAGUACGGCGUCUGAUAGAUCCAAAAAUGAUAGUGAAGCCAGUAAAAUUCUUGAGGAAGAGAGAAAGAAGUAUUUGGAACUGCAGAAAGAGUUGGAUUUACAGAUUUCACUGAAAGCAGAAAUGGAGGUGGCGAUGAAAUUACUUGAGAAAGAUAUACACGAUAAACAAGACACAAUAAUUUCACUGAGGAGGCAACUCGACGACAUAAAACUCAUUAACCUAGAGAUGUACAAAAAGUUGCAGGAAUGUGAAAGUUCCUUGAAACAUAAAACAGAGCUAAUAGCCAAAUUGGAAGCAAAGACUGAAUCAAUGGGCAGCACCAUACAUCAACUUGAUGAGAAGUUGCAAGAAGAUAAGUUAGCUAGGAAGAGUUUAGAAGAUAGCGCUCGGACGCUGGGGCAGAAGGCGGCGGCAGCGGAGACCAGGGCCGUGGCUGCGGAGGGCGACCUCAGGAUAGAGCGGGAGUGGAGGGUCUCAUUACAAGAAUCCAUGAUGCGAGAUCGCGAUAAGAUAUCGAUGUUGACACAAGAAGUGGAAUCCCUCAAAUCAAUAGGCCAGAAAUACCUAGCGUUACAAGAAGAACAACAUGUCCUUAAAACUCAAUACAACGAAGCACAGAAAACUCUAGAAGAAGUGGGGGCAACGCUCAGCGAGAAUAAACUGCAACUGGCGGAAUUGUUGGAGAAGGAGGCGAAAGCACAAACAGUGGAGGAAAGCCCGACUUGGACACACGAUAAGGACGCCACCGCCUGUACCGCGUGUGCCAAAGAAUUCUCAAUCGCUAGGCGGAAACAUCACUGCCGUCGGUGUGGACAUAUAUUCUGCGCAGCUUGCAGCGAUAAAACAGUCGCUUUAGCUGGCAACACCAAACCUGUCAGAGUGUGCGAUGCCUGCUAUGCUGAAGUGCGAUUAACGUAGUAGAAGAUAUGUAUAGCUUUAUUAAUCUAAUUGACCAAAAUAACAAACUGAAAGGCGGAGAAUUGUCGGCCGUCUAUAGACGCUGUCGGUUUGUGGCUAUACCCAUUCUACCGCUUGAUACAGUAUCAUGAAGAUUAGCAAUCUACAGCAGUUUAUGACGUUCAAGCAAAUGUAACCUUAGUGUAUAGGUCUGAAAGUAUUAACUGCUUUGCUGCUUUUCACAGCCAUAUCAACGAAUUUGCUUGACCUAAUUAUAAAGUAGCGAAAGCCGUAGGAUUCUUUUUUGCGGUAUCAAAAAAGGCUUCCAAUGCUGUGUAAAGAUUGUAUUGAAUUAAUUCUGAUACAAAUUGGCACCAUCAAAAUGGUAUGAACUCAUGAAAUUGGUCAAUUUACAUGCGUCAAUAUUCUCUAGAAUUGAAUACAUACAUAAUUGUUUAAAUUAUUUAUAGAUAAAUGUUAGAGAUCAAAGUUCGUACAUAUUUUAUAAUAGUUUCAUAAAGUGUUGGUUUUUAAGACUGAUGUUAAACUUCAAAAUAUGAAUUGUUAUUGUUGUAUUGCGAAUGUUUUAAUUAUAAAAGUGUACAAAACAUAAUUCUGGUAAACAAAUUACUCAAGCACUCUGCAAUAUAAAACCAUUUGUACUAAUUAUAAUCAAAUUGUCAGCAAUCUCUGAAAAAUAACUUCUAAUGAACUUUUGCUUAAUACCAUGGUUUUCAAUUCUCAUAAUUAUUUAUUGAAUAUGAGCGGCAAGGUCCUAAUCAAACUCGCCUUGACGUCGCCGCUGCAUCCGCUCAUGAUUUAGGAGUUCGGUCAGGUCAGAAAUUACCCGGACUAUACUGACAAGUUCGUGAGUAAACCG